AUGGUCAAGCUUACCGAAGUCGAGGACGAGCACUUCUCCGAGAAGCCCACUGCCACCAAGAACGAUGCCCUCUUGGUCUCUGACGAUGAGGACGAGGACUACAGUGACACCGAGUCCGAAAUUUCCAACGAAGAUGAGGAAAUUGUCGAGGAGGAAUCUCUUUACGAGCGUGUCUCCGCCUUGAAAGACAUGCUCCCCCUCCCGCGCGCCGGUCUUUCCUUCAGCGGCCGUGCCCUUUGGAUCAUUAGCACCAGCGCUUUCCUGAUCGGCGUCCCGUGGGCUCUGGCCUACGCUGAGGAGGAGCAGUACAUCCAGAUGGAGCGCGAGCAGGGCAUGAUCAAGGGCGCCAACGAGAUGCUCACUCCCGGCGUUGAGCCCGAGAAGCAGGAGGCCCAGGCCAUCCUGUAA